AUGCCCCGAAAUGGUCCAUGUACUAAUAUAACAUGUGAUAAUGAAAUCAAAGAAUUAUAUGAAUGUCAUUGUUGUUUACGUCUUGUUUGUUUAUAUCAUUUGAAUAAACAUGUUGAAAUAGAAAAAAAAUCUAAACAACGAUCAGACACUUUUCGUAAUGAAUUAAAUACAAUGGUAAAUACACUUCAAGAAAUUCUUGAAGAAAAACAAUUAACUAUUAAUCGUGAACAAAAUUUGAUUGAACAAACAAAACAAUUUCUUGAUGAACCCAAUAUUUCAAUCGAUGAACUACAAGGCAUUUUCGAAAAAAUUCAUCAAGCAAUAUUAACAAAUCAUUCGGAAAUCACGGUCAAAGUCGAACCAUCAUUAUCAGAAACUCAAUAUUGUUCAUGUGCUGGCAAAUAUAAUAAAGAAAAUAUGAAUCCAAAUGGUGGCGUAUUAUAUUUAGAGGAUACCAACCACGAUUUUAUUGAUCUUGUUUCAGAUGAUGAAACAACGAAAUCUAUUCAGGAUGAACAUGUAAAUGAAGAAAAAGUGAAACAUAAACGAAAAUCAUUCAAAAAAACUAUUGGUAAAUGUCCAUUAACAUUUGAUGGAGCAUAUGGUCUUACUAAAGCAAAUCAUUCUGUUGAAUUUUGUAAGCAUAAUACAACUCGUUUACUGACAUUACAUCUUCAUUUCAUGAACAAGCAUAAAUUAAAAAGUGCUCAUUCUCAACGCUUGAUACGAGCUGUUGUUGCCAAUCAAGAUCCUCGAAAAACAAAAUUAUUUCAUAGAAAUGAAAAUGUUAUUAAUUGUUUUGAUAACGUCCCAUGUCCUUUCUUUUCUUGA